UCUGUCUGUUUUUUCCACAUUUUACAGCCUCGUUUACACAUGCAGACUUCUUAAUAAAUUAACUCAUUUUUAUUUAAACCAGCACGUGCGUUGAGAUACAUUGACAAUGAAGAACUGAAACACAUAUGCGACGUGUGGCGCGUGUUCCCCCUCUCUUUCUGCAUGCGUUACCUGACUGCACACACGGCGCCUAUUUCUCUAACAGCCCACUGGUUAAAUGAUAUGCAGAGGAGGAGCUGCCUUCAGUGGCUCAAGAAAGAAACUUCCCUGUCAGUUGUGAGUGAGGUAACAACGUGAGGCGCCGCUCGCAGUCUUGGGGAGCAUCUUUUGCCAACACAAAGCUUCUGAAGUAAUUUUAUUUGUGGAUUCCUCGUGUUUUCAUCAGACACUGAAGUUUGGAAUAUGGAGUUUGAAUUCUGUGCGUAAAAGAGACGUUUAUGGAGAUGAUGGAUUUGCCUAAUGUCGGAGAAGCUGGAGAACGCAAUUUAAUGGAAAGUGUCACUACUUCGAAAGUGAGAGGAAAGCUUUUGCUUAGUGUGAAGCAAUGAGAGAACUCCCUGCAGGUAUGACCACCGGGCAAAUUCACAACAUCACCAUCCCGGUGAUAAUGUUCAUUUUUGGGGUGGUGGGAAAUGUCAUCGCCAUAGUGGUUCUGCGGAUAUCACGAAAGGAACAAAAGGAGACGACUUUUUAUACACUUGUGUGCGGCCUGGCAGUGACAGACCUCCUGGGCACCCUGCUGGCCAGCCCGGUCACCAUUGCCACUUACAUGAAGGGCUCCUGGCCGGGAGGAGACCCGCUGUGCCAGUACUCUGGAUUCAUCCUGCUCUUCUUCUUCUUGGUCCAGCUCAGCAUUGUGUUUGCCAUGUCAGUGGAGAGAUACUUGGCAAUAAACCAUGCAUAUUUCUAUAACGAAUAUGUCAACCAAAAACUUGCCGCGCUGGCUCUUUUGGCCAUUUACAUUACCAACAUGGUGUUUUGCGCGCUGCCCAUCAUGGGGUUCGGCCAGGUGAAGCUGCAAGUUUCGAGAACCUGGUGUUUCAUCGACUGGCAGAACAAUCAAACAACAGUCGCCACUUUUAACUUGAUGUACGCAGGUGUGAACUCAGUCAUUGUGUUGGCCACUGUCAUAUGCAACGUGAUGGUGUGCGGGGCUCUGAUCCUGAUGCACAAGCGCUUCAUUCGACGAACGUCUUUGGGCACAGGCCAGCGGCGCAUCGCGGAGCUCAGGCGCAGACGGAGUUUCGGACGUUUGGCUGGAGCAGAGAUCCAGAUGGUCAUCCUGCUUAUAGCCACCUCCGCUGUGGUUCUCAUCUGCUCCAUACCUUUAGUGUUGAGGAUCUUCAUGAACCAACUCUUCAGAGACGAGACAUUUAAGAAAUCUGAGUUGCAUGAAGACCUGCUGGCCAUCCGCAUGGCCUCCGUCAACCCUAUCCUUGACCCUUGGAUCUACAUCCUUCUCAGAAAGACGGUGGUCCUCAAGCUGAUGGAAAAAAUCAAGUUUCUGUUCUGCAAAAUGGGAAGGCGGGGACGGAGGAACGGCGGGCAGUUCCGCUGUGCUGACGGCCACCUCUCCUCCUCCAUCCUGUCUCGGGAUUCCCCGUCGCUGGUGUCACGUGAGCUGCAGGAGAUGGUUAACACCUCGCAGACCUUUCUGUACCCUUCCGGGGGAAACAGUGGGAGACUGGGGUCAUUUAAAGAAGGGGCACAGGGCAGCUCCAGUCCACCAGCUGAACAGAAAUUACAGGGCCCCCAGGAGGUGGAAGGACCUCAGACGGGGCUUCCACAGACUGAUUUAGAGGACACAGCGCCUGGCCGGCCACUGAAAGAACUUCCAAUGUGCUCCAACCCGGCACUACAAGUAACCUUCACAGAUGAGACCGCAAACAUACAGGAGAAGUGCAUAUAACCACUGAAAAUCAUCCAUCACUGUAAUUGGACUGUCUCAGAACAGAAGAUAGGAACUAAUGACGGCACUGCAAAGACGAUAAUGGAAAAGCGUCUGAAGACUGAAUAAUUAUCCAUCAAUCUGUAGAUAUCUAUGUGACAUAGUGGACAGAUAUUACUGGACUAAAUAUCCAUGAUCAAUGUAUUACUCCUCAAUUGUAGCUGACCACAAACACCAUAUCACUAAACACACUUCAGUACAAUCACAGCAGUUAUAUCCACAACACCAUAAAGAACAACAUGACAUUAUAGAGGAGCUCCUUUUGUCGCACUUUUCAAAUUCAAAAACCACUGCGAGGCUGUUAGUAGGCUGAUGUUUGUUUUGUAGCAUUAUGAAAAUCUGCGCAAUGGCAGUAAAGAAUUAAUGUUAAAAAAUGUGAACAGUGUUCCAUGAUGUUUAUUUAUUUUAAGUAUGAAAAUGUAUGCUAUUGUCUUCUCUGUGAGAAGGAAUCAGAUAGUGUGGAGCCAUUUUAAAUCGGUACAAGAUGAAAAUGUUCAUAGUUUUCUUUUUUUUAUUUUUAUUUUGGUACAUAGCAACAUUUGCAAGUAAUUUGGUCAUGCUGGUUGACAGAGCAGCUCUAACAUCAAAGCCAGAGUCAUACCAUCCCCUGCAUUUCAUAAUAAAAGGCAGCUAUAUUGUGGUUUCUCUACAGUACAAACCCUGGAGGAUGUUAGGAGGCCUCCUAAAGUAACGCCUUAAUAUAAACUUGUUAAUUUUGUCAAUUUACCCCACUACUUUGUAAGGAUUAAUCCAACACAAUCUGAUUUUACCUUAAUGUGCAAUGCCUCUAAUCUAAUCAGAUUUUAUAGGAGAAUCAAGAAUGCAAAUAAGACAUCACUGAGUUUAGGGGAUUUGUCUGUUCCUGAAAUAGAUAUCCUGGUUUAACACAGUAUCAGUGCUAUUGUUUCUAUAAAGAUGUAUCUAAAUAUCAAAACGUGUUCAUAUUACAAAGUUAAAGUUCUUUUUUGUUGUUGUUGCAACAGCCAGACUCAUUUAACACAAAAGGUUUACUCUCUUGUGAGCAAACUGCAUGUUGUACCAAAAUCAUGAAUAAACUGAAAAUAAAAGUUGGAAAAUAUUCACAUAAA